UCUGUAAUAAGAUGUGCUAAAAUAUUAGUACUAGAUAUUUUUCCAGGUUGUAUAAUUAGAAAAGUAUCGUACCUGGUUAAGAAUUGAUCCGCUUAAUUUAGCUGUGAAUUUUCUGUUUCUAAAACGAUUUUUUUUUGGGGGGGUUCUUUUAUGGUGUGAUAUGAUAUCAUACACUUAUGGAAAUCUUCAUUCUCAUUUUGGAAACAGUUUGUGCAGAUAUGGUGAAGAAGCAGGAAGCGACAGAAACAGAGCCGUCUCUGAACCAAAGCCAAAUUUUCAUAGAAUCUCUUUGUAACUCACAGCUCCUUUUGUGAAAUCCGAAGACGGAUCUUGAACAAAAAAAAAUGCGUGGAGUUUGGCUUUAUCUCAAGAAGUUUCUUAGCUGCUGCACUGCACAGAAGUCAACUGACGCUGGUGAUCCAGACAAGAACCAAAUCCAGAAGGCUAAGAAUCCAUCGUCUGGGUGCUCAAGUUCAGUGUCGAAUCUGAGAAAUGUUUUGGUUACUAAUGGAGAUGAACAAGCUAUUGAUUAUCCAAGCUGCUUCAGCUCACGGUCUCUGGGGAGCUCCAAGUUUAUAAACACAAUGAAAUUUGAGGGCAAUGCCGGUUCUUCAGACAGAUUUAAAGGUUUGCUCAGCGGAGCAUCUUCUUCUGAUUUACUUACCGGUCGUUCUUCUUCUGAGAGAUUUGAUGUUGUUGGCUCUGACAUCUGCGGUUUUGGAGCUCUCUCUUGUCGAAAAUGUCACCAGAGAGUCAGAGAUCUUGAUGCGUUUGAGGCGCAUUACCUUACUAACCAUUCUGUCAUUAAACUCUUAGCAGGAAACUUCUCAAGAACAACUGUGGAGUUGAUCUGUAAUACAGCCUAUUCUCACAAGCUUGGGAAAGCGAAAAACAUUUCGGCGAUUUUGAAAGUCCAGAACUUGCAGAGAGUCGUUGCAGAGUUUGAAGAUUACAGAGAGCUCUUGAAGAUAAGAGCAAACAAGCUUUCGAAGAAGAAUCACUCUCGCUGUAUGGCUGAUGGGAACGAGUUGCUUGGGUUCCACGGUACAACUCUUUCUUGCUCCCUCGGUUUGAGCAACGGCUCUUCAAACCUCUGUUUCUCGGAUCGGUGUGGAGUUUGUGAGAUUCUAAGACAUGGGUUCGCUUCUAAAACAAGAUCAGAUGGAAUUCAAGGGGUUCUCACAGCGUCAACUAGCUCCACUGCUCUUGAAUGUAUCGAAAUGGAUCAAGAGAGAAGCAGAGGUGCAUUAAAAGCUCUUGUGCUAUGUAGAGUAAUCGCAGGGAGGGUUCAUAAACCUAUGCAGAAGUUUGAAGAUCCCUUGGGGUUUUCUGAGUUUGAUUCAUUGGCUUUGAAAAUGGGAUCAAAUUCUAGGAUUGAAGAGCUUUAUCUGUUGAGUACUAAAGCUUUAUUACCUUGCUUUGUGAUAAUCUUCAAGCCUUGA